UAUUCUUGUUUCUGACCUCUAGAGGAGAAUAGAAAAUAAACUCAAAAAAUACGUCAAAUCCAACCAAGUCAAAAUAUUCCAAAAAAAAAAUCAAAAUGAGCCUCCUUGAUUCCGUAAAAUUUAAGAGUUUGGUCAGCUCUGUACUAAACAAAGACAUCAAACAGCAUGGCAAAAACUUCAUGUUCGACUCGGAGGAGGACACAUCCUGGAGUUCCAGCGAGGGUACUCCUCAAUGGAUAGCACUUCAAUUUGAUGAACCACAAACAGUAACAUCGUUUAGUUUCCAAUUCCAAGGAGGAUUUGUUGGAAAAGAUGCUCAAGUCACUGCCACCAAAGAAGAUGGUACAGAAAUCGGGGAACCUUUCUAUCCAGACGAUAUCAAUUCAGUGCAAACAUUCAACCUAAAACAGCCAAUCGAAAAUACGAAAAAACUGAAAUUUGUUUUCGGUUCAAGUUCAGAUUUUUUUGGACGAAUAAUUGUUUAUAAAUUGAAAGUACUUUGAUUAAACAAAAAUUGUUUUUUUAUUUUUUUGU